ACAAAGUAGUCUUGAUGGGACAGCGGCGUGCGUCGCACCGCUCUGAGAGUCGAGCUGCGUCUCCGCGCGCUCCUCGCGUCUUCUAUACUCUCCCCGUGUGUCAGUGUUAGUUCUAGUAAUAGUGUAGUUAUAUACUGUGCGUGUGUCUCUCACAAGUCACAAGCAGUGCAUCCUACACACGGACGUGUCCUAUCUCUCAGUUCUGACAUGGGAAGCGGUUCGCACGCGCCUAAGCCGAGGAUAAAUAAAUUAUUAUCGUUCGAUUAGUAUUCCUAGUGCUGCUGCUGCCGCUGACAACGCAUUCGUGGCGUGAGAAAAAUCGCCGCGCCAGCCGCCAGUGGAUUAUCGCGAAUGUAAUUAAAAUUUCAAGAGAAAAAUCGUGCGCGAGUGUUUUUCAGUGUUUACGGCCGAUCUCUGUGUUUAUUGUUGUCGGGAGCGCGGCUGCUGCUGCUGCUGUUGGGAGUUUAUAUCUAAAUAUAUAUAGCUAUACGACAGUGCGCGAGUGCCAGUACGAGAGAGCAGCAGCGCUCGCCGAUUGUUUGUCGAGAGAGAGAGAGAGAGAGAGAGAGAGAAUCCUGGAAAGGAGUGUACAACGCGCGUGCGCCGGCGCUUUUCAAAUUUAAAAAGCCGACGCGGUGUGCCAGUAUAGUAGUGGAGUGUCACCGAGCGUAGAAGGAGAUACACUGCACAUAUAAUACGCGGCUCGCGAUUCCUCGUGGUGCGGUGAUCGGAGAAGUGUACAGGUGCGAUAUGGUGCGCGGCGAACGGCCUCAGCCCGCCUAGAUGAGCUGCUGUCGGAGCAUCAUCGUCUGCAGCGCGUGACAAUCGGCCGCCGAGACAUGGAUAAGAUCGAGUUACUGGGCGGUGCCUGCUUCAGCCACGGUCCCUACACAUUCUACAAGGCAGUGCGGAUAGGGCACAGUCGGGUCCUGCGACUCGGCAGCUUCUUCCUCACGAAGCUCUGGAGCGACGCCGAUCUUGUGAGCAUCGGCGAGCUCCAGCUGCUCUGGAUUGACAACCGGGGACCCAACACACCCUUAGCCUCGCUGAGACUCUACUUCCUGCCGGAGAACACACCGGACGGACGCAGGGACACACAUGGAGAGGACGAAGUGCUGACGAUCUCGGAAAAGGUAGUGGUGCGCGUGCACGACCUGGUGACAUGGCUCUCCCCGUCGCUCGAGUGGUCGUGGGGUCGCGAAGUCUCGUUACCACCGACGUCGUCAUCCUCGCCGGACAGCAGUCCACAGCCUCAGAUCCUGUCGGAUCCCGGACUCAAUUUCUCGGACGUCGAGCGCCACCAGAAGGACCUGGACGCCCUGACGACGUCGACGCGCCGCAGCGAACCCGUCAACCAGACCAAAGUUGUCGUCCUCUCGUACCCGAGGUAUUGCCGCUAUCGAGCUCUGCUCAGACGACUGGAGAGCUCCGAGUCGUCGUGGCUUUGCUCGUCCGUUGCGGCAGCCCUCGGAGGCUUCACCGCCACGUCCGGCACUCGGGUGCUCUUCUGUAGGGACACCUUCGACUAUCCGGACCUCGAGACACAUGAACUGCUCUGCAAUCAUCUGGCACCAAAACUGAAAGGCCGGCCUCGGAGAAAACGCAAAAAGCGCAGCGUAUCACCGGCGGGCGAGUCGAGCAACGAGAGCGAAGCUUCGGUGGCCUCGUCGGCGGCCGCCUCGACGUCCAAGGGUUCCACCUCGUCGUCGGGCCAGUCUUCGGGCAGACCGUCAGCCGCGUCCUCGGUACGACGUAGCGAGCGCAAAGUCAGCGCCGAGGAGAAGAGAUUCCUCGACGACAUCUACGGCUUCAUGUCCUCGCGCAACACGCCCAUCGGCAAGAUGCCCCUCCUGGGAUACAGACAGAUUGACCUGUUCCUGUUUUACACGAAAGUUCACGAACUCGGCGGUUACGACAAAGUUAGCUUGAAUCGUCUUUGGAAAACGAUCUACGAUGAAAUGGGCGGAAACACAGGCUCCACGAGCGCGGCGACGAUAACGAGAAGGCACUACGAGAGGUUGCUGCUGCCGUACGAGAGAUAUCAGAAGGGCGAGGAGACGAAGGUCAGGCCAAGCCAAGGGGGCAGACGCGCUAAAACGCCGAGUACGUCGGACGUGUCAGAGGACUCGGUCGAGGUCAAGAGAGAGAACGAGAGCCCGCCGCUGUCGGUCACACCGCCUCCCUCUGAGGCAUCCAACUCCACAGCUACGCCUCCACCUCUUCAGUCAAUUCUUUCGACUUCGCCAUUCCUGCCGGGAGACAAGCCGGGCAAGACGUCGUCGCUGCGUAGCGUGCGGGUGAAACCCGAGCGUCUCAAGUCCCUGAACACAAUAAUCGCGACAAGCAAUCCAGUGCAACCUGCCAAUCAGCAACAACUGCCCAGCUCGCCAACCUCUCUGCUGACGGCGACGGCCAACACUACGACUUCGUCGUCGGCAGCGUCCUCGCCGACGAGCACACCGCCUGCACCGACCACGCCGACGAAUCCUAGCGCGCAGCACAGUGUUCUCGAGAGGCAACUCAACAGUCCUCUCAUAACGCACCAAGUACCACCAGCGUGUUCGCCACCCGGACUGCCCGUGAGUACUGUAGCCACGAACGCGACAACGGUGGUGACACUUACGCCUCCACCAGAAAAGGACAUGAAGGAAAUAAAGCUCGACCCGAAACAGACGAGCCUUCUCGCUCAAGGCAAGGAGAAUAUUCCGCUAUUCGAGGAGAAAAGUGCGAUUUUCACAGAUAAAACUCUUGUUGCGCCUCGCUCGCCCGAAGUCAUUGAUCUCGAGACCGAGACUGAGCCUGGCACCAGGGACAAGCUCAUCAUUCCUAGCUUUAAAAAGCGAAAAUUGGAAAUUCUACGCGAAGGUGGUCUAGAAGUGACGGCUGUUGAUUUGGAGUAUUCAUCCAUCCUUGUUAUAGAUGCACGGCCAAGUGUGAUCCAACCAACUGCAACGACGUCGUCCACCACGAGCGUAUCUUCUUCAGCCACAACGACUACCAGUACAAGUUCGUCCUCAACCUCAACCACAACCUCGCCAUCGCCGCUGACGAUUCCUACGAUUACUGCCAGUAUCGUACCUCCUAUGAAACAGGAAGACGGCAGAUCCUCCGCGAGUCCUGACUUCGCUUUGCCACAGCCUGCAGUUAUACCUAAGCUGAUAAAUGUGACGGUAACGCCUGACAUUGGGAACAUUAUGCCCAGAAGCUCGGAAUCGCCGCAACAACCAGUUACUCCGGUGAAGUGCCAGCCAAAUAGUCUGCCCAAUAGUGGUGAAUCGCCGACGGGUCUGCAGACGUCGCCAACCGCCAAUAGCCGCGUUAUCAACCUUGGCAAUAACUCUAACAAUGCCACGCUUCUCCAGCUCUAUGCAAACGCCAACGUACCCGUGCCACACUCGCUCGCUGCGGCAGCGGUCCAAACAAACAAUCAUCGCUUCGUGCCACCACAUUUGCCGAACGGUCGACCACCUAUACCUCACAAGGUCACUCAAUCUAGAUCGAUAUUUGGUAAUAAUGAAAAGAUGGUCUACGGCAAUCCUAAGGAUAUUCUUGUUGCCCCUAAAUUUGUACCUGCGAUGGUGACGCCGCCACACAUACCCAGAGCACCAAGCAUUCUAUCAGCACCAAAUGUUCGGUGCGGUAGUAGUGGUAGCAGCAUGGAUGCUAAUACGUCAGGCGUAUUGGAUCUUACACAAAAACCGUCGGCCCCCAACGAGCGUCCAACUUACGGGCGACCAAACUUGGAGAUCGUAAGAGUCCCAGUGGUACCGCGACCGACGCCUCUAAACCUCGAAACCCGCAAUCACCAUCAGUACGUCGAUCAUCAGCCUCACUAUCCACGUAUCAGCGUCGCUUCGAAUCUGUGCAAGGAAGUGAACACCAAACCACCUGCACAGUCACAGGCCGAACGCAAAAACCAGUUCGUGACGGGUAGUGUACCCCCGAGUCCCGUUGGAUAUGCGAACGUCUUAGACAGUCGUACGAUGGCCACAAAUAAUCUGGAGAUUACGUUGGUUAGUCCGAAGAAGACGGCCGUCGGCAAUGCUGGUCCACCGCAACUAAGCCCACCACUGAGAAAUAACAAUGUGAUGCCACCUUCAGUACCUGUACAGAGGAGACAGCAGCAACAACAGCAGUUGAAUGGCAAAUUCCCCACGAGGCUACCAGCAGAGCCAGUUUCACCGUACACUCCUCGAAAGCCAGCCUCAACGAAUAGUGGUCCCAGCAUUCAACACCCGGUUAUACCAAAUAUACCUAAUUUAAGCCAUUUGAACGCGGGAUCUUCCUCUAAUUACGGAAAAUCCAAUCAUAUUGGAAAUUAUCAACAUAUGGCAAUUGAGAAAAGGAGAGCCGCCGAAGCCGCAAGUAAAGAGCAUCAGCGCAGAACGAGCGAGAGUGAUAAAAUUGCAUUGCAGCUACAGCAACAACAACAACAACAACAACAACAAAGACUUGAAGCCACUUCAGCAGCGCUAUCGAAACAGCAACAGUCGAGGGAUGCUGAGACUUCGCGGAGGCAUAGCGUACCUAGCAUACCCACAGGCUUUAUACCUACGAUGCCAGCAAGUAGUCCUUUUCCGUACCUAGCACAUCAGCUCGCAACCGCUUCAGCGAGCAAUGAUUCGUCGUCCUCGUCGACCGCAGCAGCAGCAGCCGCGUUAGACGUGGCCAAUUUCGUGCCGACGUUAGACCCCAUGUACUAUUCGGCCUUCUAUAACAGCUUGUUCGCUAGGCCUAUGGGUCCCGCGAGAGCGGCGCCCAACGCCGCCUUUCUGCAGCCCGAGAUCAGUGCCUACUGCAAGGAACUAUUUGCCUCUUCCUCGGCUCAACAGACGAGGCUCGCCAUGGCAGCAGCGGCUGGUCAGCAACAUCAGCCCGCAGCGCCUACGUCCAAGUAAAAGGCCAACGAGAGCAGCGAUUCGUGCUUCGUAUCCCUAGAGAUCUCAGUGUGUCGAUAGACGAUGAAUAUCAAACAUUAUGACUCUUCAUACGUCAUCGUAAACAUGUUAGUUGUUGAUGCGAGUGGUUUGAUUCUUAAUUUGUAAACUUGAACGUUCUUGUGCCGGAGCUUGCCACGGUACUAUUAAAGCUAUGCAAGUUGCCUCUAAGGACAAACUGUUCGUAAAAAAUUAAAACAGUGUAAAUUGAUAAAAUAGCGCAGAUGUGUUUUUCAACAUCGUAUGUUUUAUAUUUCUCUUUUUUUUCAUUGUUUGACGUGAUCAAAGUUUUAUAAAUAUAAGAAUUAGAUGGCUUUAUAAGUCUCUGUUGUAGGGUGCAGAUAUUAUAACAAAAAUGAGAUCUGUAUCGUUUUUAUCAUAAAAAAUUCAAAAAUGUUCUAUUGAAGGUUUAUGAUUGUAUUAAGUUUUGUUGAAAAAUGAUUGCUUAUCUUUUAGUUGCCUUUAAGAACUUCAAAGCAGUUCACUGUCUUUAAAAUUAAGACAUUAAGAAUUCGAUUCAGUAGUUGGAAAAUAAAUUAUCGCUGUGUUUAGACAUUUAGGAAAUAUGUGUUAUUUUUCUGUCUGAGAACACGAGUAAUGUAAAAAAUUGUUAUUAAAAAUUAAUAACGUACCUAAUUGAAUUUAUUGAUGAAAAUGAACAGAAUAAGUCUUAUUUAAUUCUAAUGGUAUUAAAUUGAGGUACAAGAUAAGCAAUCGUACUUUUUUAUUUAUAGCAUUACUAUAAACGUUAAAAAUUCUGCGAUGCAGUAAUCAUUAAUCAGAAUAUUUUAAAGUUUUAUCUUUUUCAUACAUGAAAUUGAGUAAACAUAUGCAAGCAAGAGCGUUUUAGAAUUGUAAUCAGUUAAUAUCUGAUUAAACGUUCCGUUUAUAGAUAUCUACAAAAACGAAAUUAAGAAUAAGCUUCUUAUUUGUGUGAUUUAAAGUUAGUAGAAAGUAAAUUCUAAGAAAUGCUGUACAUUUUUGCAUGGGAAAUGUUUGGUUCUCCUGUUUGAGUCAGAAAUCUCAAUGUACUUACUCUUAAUAAUGCAUUGGGAAGUUCUCUAGUUUUGGCCAAGCAGAAGAGUUACGAGUAACGAGUAACGAAAGACAACCAAUUUAAAAGCGAAAUAACGGCUAAUCGUACUUUAGAGCGCAUUUUUCCUUCCGACCCAUUUUACAUGCGCGAUGUGAUAAUAUUGACGUAUUCCUAUAAUGCGAGAGUGUCGCUGGAAUCACGAGUAAAUAAACAAAUUUUAAGAAAGCGUUUAAUUGCUUAACUGAGAAUAUCUGUUUCUCUGUUAGAAAACUCGCACAAAGAUUCCGCGAACUCCGCUAUGUAAGUUAGCCAAUUUUCAGCAACGACGGAAACACGUAAAAUCCGCAUAAUGCACUCGAACAUAUACGCAAGAGUCGUAGCUUAUAAAUGAUAAACAUAAAAACGAAUAAAAACAGUUGCAUUGAGAGAAAAACGAAGUUAGGAAAGCAUAUAUAUUCAAAUUCUUACACACGCUUUUUCUUCCAAAUGGAAAUACAAAAACAAUAUACGUCACUCCUAAAAAAUCAAUAAAUGUCAAAUAUAUUAACCGACGGAUAAAGGACAUGUAUAUAUUGUACAUAAUUUUUAAUUGUAAGUUCACUCAUAAGCUGCGACGAAUAAUUUAGUGAAAAAUCCAACAUCGUCUUUUAUUAUUAUGUUAUACCUGUAAUAGAAAGUUAAUAAUUAAGAUUUUAGGUAUGUGUGUACAGGCCGUCCCGAACUUUGUGACUCGCGAGAUAUAUUAAAUAGCGAAACUUUUCGGUUGAUUUUUGUUUUGGCAAAAAAAAAGAAAAUAGUGUGAGAAUUUUAAAUGUCAAUAAUUUAAUUAUAUAAAAAUAUCGUUUCCUGAGCGCGUAACUUUAUUUUCCAUCAUGCAGUAUUAUUCUAACGUACCAAAUCUAUUUACAAAAAAUUUAGUUUCCAUAUGUGCACAGCAUAAUAUUUUGCAAAAUUAUUUUGUUUUGAAUUACGUUUUGUAAUAUAUAUUAUUAGUGAUAAAAAAAAGUAUUUGCGGUAGUAAUACUGUAAGUUAACAUGCCAUUCAUCAUAAUUUUGCGAAAGAUUAUUAUCAUGUAGAAAAACAUUACAGUUAUCUCCGAAAUAUCAAUUUUGUCGUCGUUUCAGUAUCAGCAAUAAAUUAAUGUUUACAUAUAAACAUGAGAUCUGUAAUAGAUAAAUCAGAAAUAAAAAUUGUGUGAAUUUCAUGAAUAACCGUUAGAAAGUAACUCUAGAAAAGUUUUUAUUAUAAAAACGAGAGUUAAACACAUUUCAACGAAUAUCAACCGAAAAAUUCGCAAAAUUUGUACGCGCUCUGCUUUUGGCAUUGUUAUAAAUGUAAAAUGCUCUAGCGCGUACAAAGGCAAGAGUGAGCCGAGUAAUCCUGGUGGGUAUGAAAGAAUCGCGAUCGCGCGCGACUUCCUGAGUAGAUAAAAGUCGGCCUUUGCUUUUCGAGCGUUUUUCAAAAUUGUUCAUUGUAAAAAUAUGUAUCAAUGAUAACAAAAUAAACGCUGAUAAAGGCAAUCUCUCUGUAAUUUUAUGUCCUGGUGCGUUUACGAAAUACAAGAAUAAAGUAUAAGAGUUAAAACUACCUGUCUGUUGUAAGUCACGACGACUCAUUUUAUAUUUCGUAGUAAAAAUUGCCGUAGAUCGUAGCUGAUCUGUUUGAUAGCCACAAUUAUGAAUUAAAUCCAAUAAUGUGAAAUUUUCAAUGGUUUAUACGAGUUUCAUUACUGUGGGGGCACAACAUUAACAGAGAGUCGUCUUUAAUAGACAAUUUAAAGUAAAAAAAGAAGAAUUGUUCGACUCACUCUCAAUAUAUUCGUGUUAACAGUAGCUAUAUUAUUAGUAGGAUAUGCUCGUUUUAGAAUUGUGAGACGGAUUAGAGAACGUAAGAGCAGUAAAGCCAGAUUUUUGUGCGAAGGGGCGUCGAAAAAGACGAAAAUAUGUACGAAAAAGUCAUGUAGAUUAUACGGACUAGUUCUUAGCAAAUUUUAAAUAUUGAUGUCUCAAUAUUAUGGUAAUAUUUUGUAUAAACUUUUUCCGUUGGCACCCAGUAGCAUUGAAGAUUGAGAUUUAAGUAAUCGUUUCAUUUCAAACUAUAUAAACGAAAGCUCCUCAGCAUUUUUUAUACAACAUUCGUUGCUAACGAAAAGUGAACAUCCACCCAUUAAGAAAAAGAAAACAGGCAGACAGAUGAAUAAAUAUGCAUAAGAAUCGUAUUUCGAGCUUUGUUACUUGCGUUUUCAAAGUUUUACAACUCUUGUGGUUUGUUAUAUACGUACGUUUGAAUUUUUAAAAAAUAUUGUAGAGAAAUAUUGUAAAGAAACAUGAAGAUAUAUAUGAACAUUAACUAAUUACGAUACACAACAACGUAAACAAAAUAAGAAUAAGAGAUGUAUACGUCAAGAAAAGUUCUCGGCGACAUAUCGUGUUUCAAUGUAUUUGAGGGAAGAAAAAAGCACUACUCUUCGUAAAUUUUCUGUCUCGCAAUAUCGGAGAAAACUGCAAAGAGAUGUGUGUGCCAUACGAUAGAAUAAAAGAAGCGUAUAACAUGUACAAAA